AUGGAGGUGGGCGACGAGGACUGGGACACGGGGUCGCUGGACGGCGAGUACGACUUCUCCGCGGCGACGACGACGACCAGCAGCGGCGGCGGCACGACCGCCACUGAGGUGAUCGUCGCCACGAAGGAGGUGUUGAGCGAGGAAGAGGACCUGGAGCUGCUCGUCGUCUACAAGCACUCGACCGGCGCCGGCGGCGACGGCGGUGAUCCGCAGGCCGAGGCGAUGCUGGAGGAGAAGCGCGUGCGCGUCUCGUCCAACGCCACCCUCAACCACCUCCUGAAGAAGCUCAAGGUCGCGUUCGACCUCCCCAAGAUUGACGAAUCGGCGCUCGAGCUGUCCGACUACGACCCGGUGGGACAUCCGUACCGCAGCUGGGUAACGCUGUCGAACCGCCUCCGCGAUGAGUUCAUCGACAGCGAGUCGGCAUUCUUGCUGGAGGUCAAGCCCCAAAGCGCCAACCUGUGGUUCUCCAAUUUCGACUCGGACUUGGCCCUGGUGCUGCUGGUCUUCGAGGUGCUCCCGACGUCCAGCGAAGGAAGCACGAGCGAGGGGUCGCCUGCGGAGUGCGAGUUCAGUGCGCCCAAGAAAAUCUUCAUUCAGAAGAAGGGCACCCUCCUGGACCUCAAGCAGGCCAUCCAUCGAGUGCUGGGCGACCCCCUGACGCCGGACAAACAGCGGGUCAUCCACUCUCCCUCCACCUGGAACACGAAGGACUUGUGUGAGUCUCGCGACUCCACGCUGCUCUCCACGCUCUACCUGUUCGACAAGGACAAGAUCUACGUCGAGUACUGCGAGGACCUCUCCGCGCCCUCGCCCGCGCUCACCAAGCUCCGCGGCUCCUUCUCCUUCUCCUCCUUCUCUGCCAACACGCCCUUGACCACCCCCUCCACCUGGAUCACGUCCAGCGACUCUUCUUCCUCGUCUUCAUCUUCGUCGUCGUCGGCCGCAAGCUCGUGGAGACCCAAGGAGAAGGGCAUCCAGAUCCGACGCCGCGCAGACCGACCACUGACCCAGUCCUCGGCCGAGGAAAGCCAACGCGACCCGAUCGACCCACCGCCGCCACUGCCCUGA